GACCCGCUGUAGACUGAACGGGAGUGCCUCAGUGGGCGGAGUGACGCGUUUCACCUACAGGACAUAUAAAGAAAAGACAGCAAUCAUAACAGUUACUAACUUUCUGCUCAGCGGAUACACACAGAGAGAGAUAUACACAAACAUACACACACACACACACACACCGAGUCAUGCAGUACCAGCCCGCGGCCAGGCCCGUGCCCCUGUACGCGCCGACCCCGGUUCAGCCCGCGCACCCUACUCCGUUUUACAUAGACGAUAUUCUGGGCAGAAGUGAUGGCACCCCUAGCGCGUGCUCCCCGCUUGCCCCAGCGACAGCACCCGUCGCCACACCGGCUUUACCCUCACCGAACUCAUCAUUCAGCAGCUGGGUGCCGCCUUACCGGAGCACUGUGUACGAACCGACUCCAAUCCACCCGCAGCAGAGCCCGCACCCGCACCCGCAUCACCAUCACCACCACGCCGCGCUCGCCGCAGCCGCCGCAGCCGCAUAUGGAAACCCGCUGUACCCGUUACAUCGCGCCUUGCUCGGAGAUUACACACACGCGCUCAUCAGACACGACCCGCUCGGUAAGCCCUUACUGUGGACUCCGUUCAUUCAGCGUCCUCUGCACAAGCGGAAAGGAGGACAGGUGCGCUUCUCCAAUGAUCAGACUGUAGAGCUGGAGAAAAAGUUCGAGACACAGAAAUAUCUCUCACCACCGGAAAGAAAACGACUGGCCAAGAUGCUCCAGCUGAGCGAGAGACAGGUAAAAACGUGGUUUCAAAACCGCAGAGCUAAAUGGAGGCGACUGAAACAGGAGAACCCUCAGGGCUCUAAGCGCGAGCUGGAUAGCGAGCACGCGGACAGAAGUUGCGCUCUCGCGGAACCCCGCUCCUCCUCUUCCUGCUCAUCACCGUCCUCACGUGCGUUGCUUGAGUCGGAUGUUUCGGACGAUUCAGACGGUGAGCUGGACAUUGAGGAAGACGCGGACAUUUCACUGAGUCCUCCACUAUGAGGACGACAGUGUAAACACGAGACAAGCGGACAUUUAUUUAUCGGAUUCGGCAGCGUGUGGACUUCUACACUGUAAAUAGUAAAAAUGAAACUUUUUCGGGUCAUAACAUUUGUCGGAUUAGACUCUCCAGUGUUGCUCACAACACACACACACACAGUAUUUUAAGCAUUAUACUAUUACCUACUUUAUCAUGUUUUCAUUUCUACGUUAAAACCACGAGAGCAGCUUGUUGUUGAAGCCCCUGACAAAGUGGGUUAAAACAACAAAUGGACAGUUUAAUUCUGAUAACUGAUGUGUACUGAGUGUUCAGCAUUACGUCCUAAGAGACGGACUGUAAAUAGUUUAUGUAUAAAAUGCUUAAUAAAUGGAAUGUUAUUACACAUUGUAUAGAUUGUUCAAAAUUCAAGUAAUAAAUAUCUUUCCUUCCUUCCUUCCCAUAAUUCUGUUAAUGAUUUUUAUUUAUGUCAAUUAUUUUAAUUAAAAAAAUUAUCAUCUUAAUUAUAUAAAGAUAUAUAUAUAUAAAUGCACUGAUCAGGCAUAACAUUAUGAGCACUGCCAGGUGAAGUGAAUAACACUGAUGAUCUCCUCAUCAUGGCACCUGUUAGUGGGUGGGAUAUAUUAGGCAGCAAGUCAGCAUUUUCUCCUCAAAGUUGAUGUGUUAGAAGCAGGAAAAAUGGACAAGUGUAAGGAUUUGAGCGAGUUUGACAAGGGGAAAAUGGUGAUGGCUAGACCACUGGAUCAGAGCAUCUCCAAAACUGCAGCUCUUGUGGGGUGUUCCCGGUCUGCAGUGGUCAGUAUCUAUCAAAAGUGGUCCAAGGAAGGAACAGUGGUGAACCGGCGGCAGCGUCAUGGGUGGCCAAGGCUCAUUGAUGCAUGUGGGGAGUGAAGGCUGGACUGUGUGAUCCGAUCCAACAGAUGAGCUACUGUUUAUCGGAUUGCUGAAGAAGUUAAUGCUGGUUCUGAUAGAAAAGUGUCAGAAUACAUGAAGGGUCAGGGCUGUUUUGGCAGCAAAACAACACAAUAUUAGGCAGGUGGUCAUAAUGUUAUGCCUGAUCAGUGAAUAUAUACAGUUUCAUUUUGCUAUAAAGUGUUAAUUUCCCCUGUGUAUAGAGACUUUUGGACACUCUGUAUCUAACUUUGUACAGGCUGUGUUCAGCUCUGCACUCUUAAGAGGUUUGUCCAUUUGGAAAGCACUUAAAAAUACUAGAAGGCAUCUUUAUAUAAUGACUUAAAGACUUAAAGGGUGGAAUAGUUUUUAGAAGAUUUGUUGUUUCUUAUAUUUGUGAUAUGUUUAGAAUCUGAUCUGUCAAUAACACACAUCAAUCAAUAACUGGGAAUAUGACUGUAUAGUUAUAUACAUAUACAAUAACCAUAGGAAAUCUGGA